AUGAUUAUGGGCUGUGCCAUUGAGGGAAGUCUUGGGCAAGCGAGAAGCUUGGUCCUCCCAACAUGGGCAAGAAACCUGGAUAAAAAGCAUGACAAGCUCAAUAAAAGAAGCAGUACCUGCUCUCCUGACUCAACAGUCUCUUCUCUUUUAGCAAGCUGUAGCAUGGGCAGCAAUAAUCUGUACUCAAACAGUUUGAUUCAAUACAAGGACAAGCUUUACAGCUCCGCAUCUGAAGCUUUGGAGGCUUAUAUUGAAGAUUUUGAUUUAAGCCUCACAUCUUCAGAAGUAAGCACUGGCAAAAUCUGCAUAUGUCAAAGCACUCCCCAAAAAGUUAAGUUUUCAAAGCAUCGUGCCAAAGCAAAACGUGGUGUGUUUUCUGCUACAUUGGAUGAUUUUGAUCAGCGUGUUGGAUUGGUUUCUCCUAUCUCACCCUCCAGAAGGCAGGCUGAGUGUGACCCAGACCUGCUGAGUCUGACCACCGAUGAUCUGUUAGCGUUCCCAGCAGACGGAUCGCUGCCCUUUGUCCAACCUAGUCCUUCAAAAUCAAACCAGCAAAGUCGUGAGUGGAACAAACCAUCUCUUAAAACAUCUUUCUGCCCUCAAAGCUCAACGCUGAAUACUGAAACCAGUUGUGCUUUCCAGGAGAAUGGGGAAGCUCUUGCUCACCAGAAUCCACCUAAAAACUUGAGGGGAAAGAAACACAACGUGUGUACACCUGAUAAGUGUGAUUCUCUCUUGGCUUUUGAAGCAAACUCUAACACUUUUAAGAAUUAUCCAAGGUGGCUUACCCACCAGAAAUCUGAUUUAAGCGUAUCAGGGUUAAGCAGUCUUCCCAAUUUUCCUUACCCACUUUGGCUUAAGACUUACAACCUUUUUUCUGAUUCAGCUCAAGAAAACACUGGUCAAACUUUUAACAUAGAAAGCAAAGCUUCCUCUUGUCCAACUUCUGAGAUCCUGAAGAAAAGACACUCUGGAGCUGAAAACAGUUGGAGUUUUCUGGAACAAAAUGAUUGCCUGGAUCCGAGAGGUGAUAAUAAAGUAAAGGAAAGUUGCAGCUAUGCCGGUCCAGAUGCGUGCUUCCAAUUAGAUAACUCGUUCUCAAGACACAUAAAAG